AUGCUCAACCCGGAGUUGGGCCAGGGACCGCCGCAAUUGGUCAAAGAAAGAUGGUCGAAAUGGGAAAAUGAAGAAAACGAAGGGACUGAGGUCAAGAAGGACGACGUUAUUUCAAGACCGAGAGAGUUUCAGGGUAUGGACGGACGAGUGAAGCACAUCACGAGUCAUGAUCCGGGGACUGGAUGCUAUCCGUCUAACAGUGGAGAACCAGCAGAGUACUUGUCUCCCUUCACGAGUGCGAUAGGGGGGGAUGUCACAUUAGACGCGCGCCACACCACAAGAGUUCAAGUGUUCGCGGGGGUUCAAGCAACGACGAUGCACCUGUGUCAGGCACUAUUAGAUACCGGAAGUCCGGCGUCGUUCAUACAACAAAGUAAGGUGGCAUUUCGGCGUCUAUGGCAAAAGGUGCCCGCGCAUGUACGAGAUGUUCGCCUCAAUUUCAACGCGGAGUUGUGGGAACCCGAAGAUAUAAUAAAGCUACGUGAUCUGUUAUGCAAAUAUGAGCACAGAUUUUCACAGGACGGUUCUGAUUUGGGACAAGUGAAGGUGGAUCCGUUCCGAAUUAUUUUGAAACCGGGAGCACAGCCGGUGAAACAACGGCCGUAUCGAUAUUCGCCGAUCAUAAACGAAAAAGUGCAGAUAGAAAUUGACAAACUGCUGUUGGCAGGGGUCUUGCGACGAUCCUACAGUAAUUGGGCAAGUCCCUUGGUCGUGGUCGCAAAAGCUAAUGGAGGAGUACGGUUAACUGUGAAUUACAAAAAAGUGAACCAAAUGAGCGUUAUACCGAAACUACCGAUACCAGUAGUAGAGGACAUUCUGGCGGAUCUGAAGUCGGCAAAAAUAUUCAGCACUCUGGAUUUGAUCAGCGGAUUUUUCCAGUGUUGGAUUGAAGAGGACAGCAUUCCGAUCACUGCAGUUAUUACGGCCACCGGUGUAUAUGAAUUCAUGGCUAUGCCGCAAGGAUUGUCGAGUAGCCCAGGGCGGUUCCAUUCAGUCAUGCAACGCGUGUGUGAUGGGCUGGAGAGGGUGUGAUUAUUCAUUGAUGAUGUUAUCGUAUACUCCCGAAAUGGUGCAGAACACGUGCAGGAUCUGGAGAGUUUUUUUGAGCGCAUGACAAAGUUCAAUCUGAAGCUAGCGCCGAAGAAAGCACAUUAAUUUCGGGGUGAAGGUGUUGACGUUUUUGGGGCACCAAGUAACGGCUGAAGGAAUCGAGCCAUAUCCGAAGAAUGUGCAAGCGGGGUGAUUCCUGCGAGAGUGGGUCCUGUCUUGGGUGGGCGAAAACGCCCGACGCAAGCCGACCCUCGCAAGAAUUUUGUGUUGGGGGAAGAUGACCAUCAGCCGUUCACGACCGAUGAAGAGGCAGAUAGGACGUGGCAGGCCAAACCGAAAUCCGGGACAGUUCGACAGGCUGUUGGGGGAUGAACCUGUAAGGACAUACGUGCCUCUGAUGUUACGACCUUGGGUGAUGGACUGCGCACACAAAGAAGCAGUACACCUAGGCGAGAAGGGUGGCAAUUUGCGGUGGUGACACAGUUGGGGGUGGAUCAAGCAAGUGGAAAGACAAGGCACACGAUCAAGCUGCUUGACGUCGGAAAACACAUCAACGUGAAGCUGAAGGAGAGCUCGCUAACAACGGAUAAUCUGGUGCAGCAACCUGGAACUUGGUGCUGGCAUGCUCAUGUUACCAACAAGUCCGUGAAGAAAUACAUGUUUGCACUGGAAUUAUGAGUGAUUGGUAAGGAUGAGAUUGUAGCUGCAAGUAAGAGUGAGUGCAGGAAAUAUGGUGGGAAUUGACUGGAACAGAAAGAAGAGUG